CCUUCGGGAGUUAGGGAUCGAUAACAAACAGGUCAUGUGACUCUCUAACUUUGUUUACCUGCAGCCAGGGUCACUCACCCUCUGAGCUACGAGUAAACUCACUCUUCCAGAAAUAUCAGGCGACUGUGAAGGCGACAUGACCAGGUGCUGCGUACUUGUCCUGUACUUUCUCCUCCUGCGCGGCUCUGUGUGUGUGGAACUCAGGGCGUUAUACGGCAGCUUCACCUCACCCGACUUCCCCCAGCCGUACCCUGACCACCAGCACAUGCAGUGGAACAUCAUCGUUCCAGACGGACACAGGGUCAAACUCUACUUCACACAUUUCAGUGUGGAACCCUCGGACCAGUGUGAAUACGACUACAUUCAGGUUUUGGCAGAGGGAAAUGAAACUUUGCGCUUCUGUGGUGAGGAGAACAAGAACCAUGAAAGCACUCCGGGGAACACUAUCAUCCUGUCAGCCGGGAACCUGAUGUCAGUGGUCUUUAGAAGCGACUACUCUAACGAGGGGCGAUUUACAGGCUUCCGAGCAUUUUACACCUCAGAAGUCUUUGUCUUUCUCCAUGUCACAGACAUUGAUGAGUGUCUCUCUAAGGUGGAUGGAGAGAAAGUGUGUGAUCACUUUUGCCACAAUUUCAUUGGUGGGUACUACUGCAGCUGUAGGCAGGGAUUCCAUCUUCAUGCCAACAACAGGUCAUGUACAGGUCCCUGCCACAAUCAGGUGUUGACCUCACCAUCAGGGGUCCUGACCAGCCCCGGCUACCCUAACCCUUAUCCACCCAUGAGUCAGUGUGACCACACCAUCCGUUUACCAGAGGGCCACAGAAUAUUCCUGGACUUCCUGUCACCCUUUGACAUAGAGGGACACCCAAAUGUCCCCUGUCCCUAUGACAUGUUGAAGAUUUCAACAGUGGGACAGGAGUAUGGACCUUUCUGUGGAUCGACCCCCCCAGCCCGCAUUGACACCGGGAGCUACCAAGUUCACAUUCAGUUCAGGUCUGACACAAGUGGGAAAAACAGAGGCUGGAAGAUGAAUUACACCAGUGCUAAAGCUGAGUCCCUCACUCUCUUUACAUGAACACUGUUCUGUAUGUGCUGUCGUACCACCUUAAAAUAUAAUAGAAUAUGUAUAAUCUAGUCUUUAAACCUUAAAAAUGAAAAGAAUUUUCUUUUUAUUGAUGAACUUAAACUCUAUUUCAUAAACAACCAUAAUAAACUGUUCCUUCAGUACAGACUAGAUCAGAGGUGGUUCAUGGUUUAACAUUUGACUGGCGUUCCGGUUUAGUAUUGGUUGGAUGUAGAAUAAUGGGUGAAAUUAUUUAAAUAAAAUGUACAAGAAUAAACCUAAACUUUGGCA